AAAAAAGACAUUAGAUGAUCCAAAUUCACAAAGACAUGCAAAUUGUUUUUAUUUUUGGUACACCUGGCAAAAAAAAUUAUAAAACCAACAAUAACAAGUGUAAAUUUCUAGACCAAGAACACAUAAACUGAAGAACAAGAGUAGUAAUAAUCAUUUUUGUUUUUUUAUAAACAGAGAAAAGUAAAAACAGAGAUUUGCCAUUGAGUGAGCAAAGAGCCAACUGCAUAAAUAAACAGAACAGAGUCAGAAACUGAGCCUUAGACAAAGUCUUCAAACUUAUAGAAAGUAAGAGAGAGAGAGAAACAAAUAAGAGACCCAACAAACAAACAAAAAAAAAUGAGAAACUCAAAGAAAACCAGCUUUUUUCUUCCAACAGAAACCAAAAACGAUAACUUCAUAAAACUUCAAACUCAAAAAAUCCAAAACACCACAGACCUGAACUCUUUUUCUCUGAAUUCUUCACAGACAAACACAAUUCUGCUCUGUCUCUGUGUUUUGCAGCACAAGUUACGAUCUUAGACACUUGUCUUGUUUUUGAUGGUUAAUUCUUAAUUGGGUCAAUGAAUAUCAUUUCUGGGUCAUCCUUGUUUGCUUAAAAAUUGAGUCUUUAUACUUAAUCACCUAUGUUUCAUAGCCUUUGUGGCUGGUUCAUCAAGCUAGGGAUUUUCCUUUUUAACCUCUUUAGCCUCUCAGAAAAUGGAAUCAGGUGGGUCUGAAUCCGAGAACCCUAUGACCCACUUUGUUUUUCAGUCUCAGUCUCUUUCUUCUUCUUCUUCUUCUUCUUCAGAUACUAGAGGGAAACAUAGGUUACAUGCUGAACUUAAAAAAUUGGAACAGGAAAAAAAGUACUUAGAGGAAGAGCUGGAAAAACUGGAAAGGAUGGAUAAAUCAUCGACAUCGUGCAAAGAAACGCUGAGUAGCGUGCAAACAAGACCAGAUCCGUUGCUUUCAUUAACCGUUGCUCCCUUAAAUCCGUUAUGGGAUCGGUGGUUUGAAGGCCCUCAAGCUUCUCAAGGUUGCAGAUGCUGCAUUCUUUGAAAAUAAGUAUUGAAUACUAAUUGCCAUUGUAUCCAUAAUAUAACAGAUUGACUAGGAUUUUGUAAUUUUUGAAACAAUAUUAAAACAUUGUGAUCUUACUUUUUGGUUAAAUUUAUUCGGAGACAAACAAAUACAAUUGCUCUAACCUUAGCAAUGCCUGCUGUACAUUGUGGUUUUGCCACCGCAUUUUUGACGUUUUACCUUUAGUAUUUUGCGUAUUAUUUUUAAUGAA